ACAAACGGAUCAUGUUGUAUACUCUCUCUCUUCGCCCUAUCUUCUUCUUCCUUUUCAUCUCUCUCUAAAAAAACACUCAAUCCAAUCAACCCAAAAUCUCAACAAAAUUCCCCACCACCAUCAAUCCAAAUCCAAAACCCUAAUCCCCAAUCCAACCAAACACCCAAAAAGCACAAUUCUUUACCCCCAAUUAACACCUACCCUUUUCAAUUACCCACCGCAAUUUCACCCAAUAAUCUUGAAUCAUCAUCGUUUAUCGGUUAUUCAUCGAUCGAAUCGAAUAACAGAACCGGAAAUCGGUUAAUCAGCGAUGACGAGACGAUGCUCUCAUUGCAGUAACAAUGGACACAAUUCAAGAACUUGCCCUAAUCGAGGUGUGAAGCUAUUUGGGGUCCGGAUUACUGAUGGGUCGAUCCGAAAGAGUGCCAGUAUGGGGAACUUGAGCCACUAUACCGGAUCCGGUAGCAGCAAUCUUUUAAAUGGGUUUUCCGGCGGCGGCGGCGGCGAUCUUGAUUCGCCGGGUGAUACUCCGGAUCAUAACGCUGCUGCUGACGGGUACGGGUCGGAGGAUUUUGUUGCCGGGUCGGGUUCAAGCCGUGAAAGGAAAAAAGGUGUUCCGUGGACGGAGGAAGAACAUAGGAUGUUUUUGUUAGGUUUACAAAAGCUCGGAAAAGGCGAUUGGCGUGGGAUUUCUAGAAACUAUGUGAUUACGCGGACACCGACUCAAGUUGCAAGCCAUGCCCAAAAGUAUUUCAUAAGACAGAGCAAUAUUUCUAGGAGAAAAAGACGGUCCAGCCUCUUCGAUAUCGUAGCUGAUGAUUCUCCCGACACUCAUAUGAUGCCGUCUCAUGACUACCCUGGCGGGAACCCGUCACAACCAGAGGCUCAAUCCAUAAACAACCCGUUAACCAUACCGACACUAGAAGAGGAAGAAGACGAAGGCGAGUCAAUGGAUUCCGCAAACUCAAACACAGUUGACUUUCCCGUCGACUCAACACCUGCGAAUCUCGAGGGUGCACAAUGCGUGUAUCCGGUUAUGUUUCCAGCAUACAUGCCUCCACUCAUACCGGUCGCUAUCCCCUACUGGCCCGGACCAGGGUCGGUUCAAGAUCAACCUACAUCGGUCAAAACGGAGUCUCACGAGGUUCUUAAGCCAACGGCUGUUCAUUCAAAGAGCCCGAUCAAUGUGGAUGAUCUUGUUGGCAUGUCGAAGCUGACUUUAGGAGAGUCGAUUGGUGAUGGUGCGCAGGCUUCACUGAAACUUGUUGGCGGGCUGAGCCGGCAAUCUGCGUUUCAUGCAAGUAAUCCGGGUCCGAGAGCAUCAAAUAUCGAUCCGAAGCACAAUCCUAUUCAUGCAGUUUAGAUGGUAAAAAAAGGUUUCGGUUUGUUCUUGGUUUUAAUUAUGCAGUAGGAUCUAGCUAUGUUUGUAAUGAUGUUUCAACAGAUCAGAAAACCUCUGUAUACAAUAUGAUAUCUUUCUGCCUGUUUUAUGGUU